AUGUCCGAUCUCUACGACGAGUUCGGGAACUACGUCGGUCCCGACGUGCGCUCGGACGACGACGCGAGCGACGACGCGGACGACGCGUGGAUGGAUCGCGCCGAGGCGGCGGUGCUCGACCGCGACGGGCGAUCCGACGACGUGGACGACGACGCGCGGGACGACGACGACGACGCGCACGACGAUGACGACGCGAAUGACGAUGCGCGCGCGGUGGUCCUGGCGGAGGAUAAGAAGUACUACCCGAGCGCGGAGGAGGUGUACGGGGCGGAUGCGGAGACGCUGGUGGAGACGGAGGACGCGCAGGGAUUGGACGAACCGCUGGUGAAGCCGGUGAAGCGACGAAACAUCGAGGCGACGGCGGAGAGGGAGAGCGGUGGGUCCGGGGGGGCGCGGGCGCGGGCGCAGGGCGCGGAGGUGCGGAUGAAGUGCGGUGAGGCGUUCUUGAACGGGUUGGCGCGCGAGAGCCGGCGGCUGGGACGAAACGUGUGCGUUUCGGGACACUUGCAUCACGGGAAGACGACGCUGUUCGACAUGCUGCUCGAGGCGUCGCACGAUGUGGAUUAUGAGUGGUUGGUGAACGAGGAGCGAUUGCGUUACGCGGACACGCGGUUGGACGAACAAGCCCGAGGGAUCUCGCUCAAGUCGACGCCGAUGACGCUGCCGCUGGAGACGAGUCGAGGGAAAACGAUGUUGAUGAACUUAAUCGACACUCCGGGUCACGUGAACUUUAGCGAUGAAGUGACGGCGUCGAUGCGCGUCGCAGAUGGGCUCUUGCUCGUCGUCGACGCGUGCGAGGGGGUGAUGACGUCGACGACGCGACACAUCAAGCAGGCGGCUCGAGACGGUUUGACGAUUUGCGUCUUCAUCUCAAAGCUCGAUCGAUUGAUCGUCGAGCUCAAGCUUCCACCCGCGGACGCGUAUCACAAGCUUCGACACACGAUCGAGGAAAUUAACACCGCGAUCGAGGCGUGCUACGCUCCGGAUGAGAACGGCGAGUUGCCCACUGUGAGCCCGCUAAAGGGCAACGUGUGCUUCGGUAGCGCCCUGUACGGGUUUAGUUUCACGCUCGAGUCGUUCGCCAGGCUCUACGCCGACAUCAGCGGCGUGACGGUCGAUCACAAAGAGUUCGGGAAGAGGAUGUGGGGUGACGUGUACUAUCAUAGCGACUCACGAACGUUCAAGAAGAAGGCACCUCCGGGAGGUGGCGAACGCACCUUUGUGCAGUUUGUUCUCCAGCCAUUGUACAAAAUUUUCAGUCAAGUUGUCGGCGAGGAGGUCGAGAGCUUGACCGACGCAUUGAAGGAGUUUGGCGUUAAACUCAAGCCCAAAGAGAAGCGGGCGAACACCAAACCUUUGCUCAAGUUGACGUGCCAAAAGAUUUUCGGCGGCACCUCCGGUUUGGUUGACAUGCUCGUCGCGCACGUUCCGACGCCCGAAGAAGGAGCUUCGAUGAAAGUUGAACGCACGUACAGCGGACCGAUUCGCGGAGGUGGAAAGCUCGUGGACGCGAUGCUUGCGUGUGAUCCCGAGGCGCCGGCGGUGGUGAUGAUCUCCAAGCUUAUUCCGAAGAGCGACUGCUCAGCAUUCGACGCCCUCGGACGAGUGAUGUGUGGGACACUCAAGAAGGGUGAUCACGUGCGCGUUCUCGGCGAAAACUUCUCUCCGGAUGAUGAAGAAGAUGCCGUCGUGAAGGCUGUGACGAAUAUGUGGAUUUAUGAGGCGCGGUACCGCAUUCCCAUCAAGGAGGCGCGAGCGGGGGCGUGGGUGCUCAUCGAAGGCGUCGAUCAGAGCAUCACGACCACGGCGACCCUCGUCCCGGAUGUCAUGCCCAAGGGCUACGACGACGACUUGUACAUCUUCAAGCCAUUGGAGUUUGACAAUAAAUCGGUGAUGAAGAUCGCGGCGGAACCGCUGAAUCCGAGCGAUUUGCCGAAGAUGGUUGAGGGCUUGCGUAAGAUCACCAAGUCAUACCCGGCGUGCGUGACCAAAGUGGAGGAGAGCGGCGAGCACACCAUCAUGGGCACCGGCGAGCUUUACAUGGACAGCAUCAUGAAGGAUCUGCGUGAGAUGUACAGUGAGAUUGAAGUCAAGGUGAGCGACCCCGUGGUGUGCUUCAACGAAACGGUUGUCGAGACGAGCUCGCUGAAGUGCUACGCGGAGACGCCGAACAAGAAGAACAAGCUCACUAUGAUUGCGGAGCCGUUGGAUAAGGGUCUCGCGAGCGACAUCGAAACCGGCAAGAUUCGUCUGGACGCGCCGAAGAAGACGGUGAGCGACUUCUUUAAGAACAACUACGAUUGGGACGCGCUGGCGGCGAAGAGCGUUUGGGCAUUCGGCCCCGACACCACGGGUCCAAACGUGCUCUUAGACGACACGUUGCCAACCGAGGUUGACAAAAAUUUACUCGGUGCGAUCCGGGAUUCCAUCGUUCAGGGGUUUCAGUGGGGUGCGCGCGAAGGUCCGCUGUGCGAUGAACCGAUUCGUGACGUCAAGUUUAAGAUUUUGGACGCCUUGGUUGCCGAUACUCCGCUCCAGCGCGGCGGUGGUCAAAUCAUUCCCACCGCGCGUCGAUGCACGUACAGCGCCUUCCUCAUGGCCACCCCGAGACUUAUGGAACCUAUUCACGAGGUGGAGAUCCAGUGCCCCGCGGACUGCAUGAGCGCCAUCUACACUGUCCUCAGCAAGCGCCGUGGACACGUCGUGAGCGAUGCGCCAAAACCCGGCACCCCGGUGUACACCGUAAAGGCGCUCAUCCCGGCGAUUGAAACCUUUGGAUUUGAGACGGACCUUCGCUACCACACGCAAGGCCAGGCGUUCGGGCAGUCGUACUUUGACCACUGGGCGGUCGUUCCGGGCGAUCCUUUGGACAAGACGAUCGUGUUGCGACCGCUCGAGCCCGCGCCCGUCCCUCAUCUCGCUCGCGAGUUCAUGGUGAAGACGCGACGACGCAAGGGCAUGUCCGAGGACGUCACCGUCAGCAAAUUCUUCGACGACGACCUUCUCAUCGAGCUCGCCCAGGCCGACGUCGAACUCGCCGGCAUGUUUUAG